AUGGACGUUAUUCAAAUUCCAUUCGAGAAUCAAAUAAAACCACUCCACAACAUUCGCACGCGCACAUUCUUUGUAUUGAACGAUGGCCUUGACGAAGGGUUACUGAAGGACGGACUCGACCGUCUCAUCCGGGAGCACUGGCGAAAGUUAGGCUCGCGAAUCGUCCCCAGACCAAAAGAUGGGCGCCUAGAGUAUCAUCUACCCUUGGCUUUCGACCACAAACAUGAACUCUACCGGUGGUCCUCCAGAAACGAUCACCGGUCCCUCAGCGAAGCCACUCCUUCCUUACAAGGACUCGCAACGGAGAAGACGAUCUCCAUACUUCCAUCGAUCAGCUCCGUCGACGAACUCUUCCGGCCCGCCGAUUGGCCUCUCGAACGUAAAGACGAGCCGCCCAAUGCUCCCCUCCUUUUCGUUCACCUUACAUUCUUCGCCGAUGCCACCGUGGUUGCUAUCAGCUGUCCACAUGUGUUGGCGGAUCAGUUCGGGUUGGCAAAUAUCGUGAAAGCGUGGCUAGGUGCAAUUGAGGGCAAGACACCUCCACCCAUGGUCGGACAUGACGAGGAUGUCUUGGCCAAGAGACCUUACUCCGACUACCCAAAGCGCGAAGUUUUCCGAAAGGGCAAGAUGCGAGUCAGGAGGCGCGGCGAAUACAUGUUCGUGCUUCUAGGUUUCAUGUCUGAAUUUGUUUUCCACCGGCGGGAGGAAUCUCAUAUGGUUUUCUUUCCCCUCCCGCUGGUGAACUUCCUGCGCGCGCGGCACUCGAAGUCGCUUGAGGAGAAAUAUGGAACAUCUCCUGGUUUGAGCAGCGGGGACAUAAUCAGCGCCAUCCUUUUGAAAUUCUCACGCAUGCACGACAAGAAAUCGAGAGUGAUGUCGCUCAGUCAGUCCGCCAACUUGCGUAAUCGAGUUCCGGCACUAUCAGGUGACCCGGCGUCAGCCUUUGUGCAUAAUGCCUUGAUUUUCCCCAAUGCGCGAUUCCCCAUCAAUGCUUCCACAUCCAUCGGCGAGAUAGCAUAUCAGAAUCGAAAAAACGUCCAGGAGGCACUUGAGCAGAAGAACAUUGAAAUCGAUCUAGCCGUCAUUCAGGAGACGACACGCCGGGGCCAGGCCAUACAUACCUGCGAACCCUUCGAUCGCUCGUAUUCGGUCACCAAUUGGUGCGCAGCAUGGAGAGGGCUGGACUUUAGUGCGGCCACCCCGAGGCACGAAGCGAAGGAACAGGCCAAAUCAAGUCUUUUCGUGCUUGGCCACAGCAACGAGACCAAAACCCCGGCAAGAUUCAGCUCGGUAAUCAUGUGCAGGACCGACGAAGGGUUCUUGUGCAGUUUCGCGGCUUCGACGGCAGCCAUGAAGCUGAUCCACGAAUAUCUGGAGAAGGACCCCAUGUUAGAGAAGUUUUGA